UAUUAUUUUGAUUCAUUGUAAAUAUGUUAAGGUUACAAUUGUCCUUGGUAAUAAUCUUGGUGAUUUAUGUGGUGGGCAUAGUGGCUAAUAACUGGCACCACCACUGGAAUAAUUAUUAUAGCGAUGAGGAGCGUAGGUGGGCCAGGAUCAUGUUUUGCAGUGAUUGCGAGUAUAUUGAACGCGACUUAGAGCGGUAUAACGAGUGCGCGAACCGCCACUACCGGGAACACCACCACCGACUCAUUGGUCACCGCAAUCACUACCGGAACAACCGGAACAACCGGUACGGACACCGGGACUGCUAUCGGGACUUCAUGGGGUCAAUGAAUUCCUACGGAAACAAUAAUCGACACAAUUUCCGACACUUUGACGAGUGUUUCCGGAAUAACGUAAACCGGGAACAUAUCCGCCGCUGCGAGUACUAUGAGUACGAUUGAGUUUAUGACCAUGGUCUAUUUUGGUUAAUUAUUUUUUAAUUAAUAAUGAAUUAUUGUGUAGUACAAUAAAGUAUAGCUAUAUGUAAGCAUUA